AUGACUGAUAAGGAAUCGCCUUUGCCGAUCACGAUGUUCGGCCUUAAUCAGCGGCAAUCAAUGCAUUCAGUGUUACAGUCGAGUGGAAAUGGAAGCGUCGCUUCGCGCCACUCUGCAUCUUCCUUUAUUUCAGCAUCUUACAAUAGCUAUGAGAGCGGCACAAGGAGCUCUCGCAAUGUAGAUGCGGGACUUGUGCCAUCAUUUGAGGCAUUAAAUCCGUACGCUAAAGCAGGCCGGAGCAUGAUGGGUGACGAUAAACGCUGGCAGCCUGUUCCUGAUCUCUUUCACUCGAAAGAGUCGCUAUAUUUUCGUUCAGCUGUGGGCAAAGUAUUAAAAAUGGCCCACGAAGAGAUUUCCCCUGCCGAACUCGAGAUACGAGCCAACACGCCUGAGUUCAAAGUCGAGGAAGGCGAUUGGAUCGCCCAUAAUUCUAAUCAAAAGAAUCAGUUUGCUCUUAUUACACCACUGAAGACAGUGGCUCGAAUUCCUGCGAACCUCAUUAUCUCGGACGAGCCAGUUACAUUGACGCAUCCGAUUAAUAAUCACAUGGGAGGAUAUCUCCGUAAAAAAGGAGAAAAGAAUAAGGCAUUUAAACGGCGAUACAUGGAGCUCAAUGGCAGCGUUCUUGCGUACUACAAGAAAAAGCCUGAAAAGAACGGCAUUCCAUUGGGUAGAGAGGAAAAAAAGACGUUAGAGCGCGGACGUAUCGAUUUAGACCGAGUGUCAUCCUUGCAGCCCAUGGAGUCCAAGACAGAGCCGUAUGGAAUUCUACUUGUGACGACAGCACGAACAUGGGCCAUUUGUGCGGAUUCGGAAGUGGAAUCUCAACGAUGGCUCAAGGGACUUUGCGAUGUUGUCAAAUUUAGUGCGGUUCACGUUAAUUACAAACGCAUGUUUCAGUUACAGGAAGUGAGUGCGAAGGCAAUAACUGAUGUCCGAAUGGUUGUUACUACGGGUGAUACUGUCGGACAAAUUGUUGAGCAUAUAUUUAACUGUUACGAGCAGGCUUUAGAUGCAGCACCUUUGCGACCUUAUAAUCCAGCUGAAUAUCGGCUAAAAAUUACGGGGUAUCGAGACUAUAUGAUUGAUCGAUUCCGAGUUCUAAACGAGUAUGUGCACGUUCGCGAGUGUCUGUUGACUAAGAAGACUAUUCGUUUAACUGUCAUCCAUGAGUCAGUGAUUCAAGAAACGGCCAUGAUUAACUUAAGUAUUCGCAGAGGGCUUUCUACUAAUAGUGGAUCUAUGAGCAAUAUAAUCGACCAAUUUGCGGAUAUAUUUGAAGGAGAACGAGCAACGUCGUUACAGAUGACGACGCUGGGAGAUGAGUGGGAAAGACCGUCGAUUGAUCGCAAUUUGUCGUUACCAAGUGGACUCAUUCGGCAGCCAUUCACACUUCGUAUCCGCCGCGUACUUAAUAUUCCUCGAACGACGUGUGUGCGCAAGAGAUCGAGUGAAGAGGCGAUCGUGAGCCGAAUUCCCUUGACAAGCUCAAGUAUCAUCGUUCGUAUUGAGCUCUACGAUGGUGGCCAGCUACUAGACAACGCCGUUAUUGAUACGUCGGAUGUCCGUUUGAAGGCGCAACGAAAUGACUUGCUUUAUGCAGAAUGGGAAGAUCCUGUGUGGCACAAAUUCAAUAUUGAUAUUUGUAACGUGACACGCACCAUGCGUGUCCAACUGACAGUGCUGGGUGUCAAAAAAAUUGUCGGAGGCUCGGUGUCUAAUAUGGAUGCGACUGAAGAGAAAAUGUUAGUGACUGGAGUGAAUGCGUUCGAGGUCGAUAAUACGCUCGUCCAGGGCAUACACUAUGUACACAUGUACAAUAACCUGCACGCUUGUAUCUCGGGCCCCGUGCCUCAUGUGACGCUACCGAGUGAGCCGAUGAUUCAGGUAGAAUUUUCCAAGUUUGAUACACUCAUUAAGUUUGACUGGAGUGAUAAUGAUGACUUGACAUCAAGUGACCGUUCAAGUAGACGCAGCAUCAUUACAAAUAGUCGAUCCGUGAUGCUACGAAAGGAAGGAUGGCUGCAAAAAGUGGGUAAUUUCUCGUCCUUGACUCGUUGGCGGCGGCGAUGGUUUGUCGUCGACCAAAGUACCUGCAUGCUGAGCUAUGCAGACGAUGAGACGGCACCUCGCAAGCUAAUUACGUUACGCAAUUGCUCAGUGACGACUGCAGACGAUAUGAAUCAAAAGUUUACUACAGCGCCAGUGAACAAGGGCACACGAAAACUUCGUCAAACGUGGUGUUUCAAAGUGCGGCCAAUGGGUUCCUCUCGCGAUUACAUCAUUUCUGCUGAGACGAAGCAAGAGCGUGAAGAAUGGAUGCUUGCCAUCCAAACUGUCGCGAAGGGCGACUCGGCAAUUGGUGACUUUGGAAGCAGUGGAAGUUAUGAAGAUGCCAAUUUUGCAUGUCAGGUCGUAGAAAGCCUUCCAGUGGAGGAAACUAAUGACCAGCUCGACGGUCGAAAUAUUUUAGAGUGUGUGGCGCAAGAACGCCGCGAUUCGACCUCUCGCAGUAGUCGUGCUAGCUCGUAUCAAUGUGAGUUGCUUGAGUUGCGAAAGCUCAUUUUACUCGACCCUCUGUACCGAUUUAGUCCGUAUCAAAAGGAGCAAUUGUGGAUGCACCGUGAAGAGUUCAUCGAUAUUGCGUCAGCUCUUCCUCGCAUUCUUUCUUGCGUUCAUUGGGACGACCGAAAUGAAUGCGCAGAUGCUUUAAAACUGCUUCCGCGCUGGUCUGUACCUGAUCAUCAAGCAGCUUAUAUCGAGCUUUUGAAUGUUGAAUUUGCGCACGAAGGUGUCCGUACAUUUGCGGUUAAAAUGCUGAGUCAAAUGGCGGACACAACUUUCAGUUACUUUUUGCCACAGCUUGUACAAGCCAUCAAAUUCGAAAACCACCACGUCUCACCCCUCGCGAUGCUUCUUAUCGAGCGAGCGAUAAAAAAUCCGAAUCAAAUUGGUUUUGACCUUUUCUGGAGCAUGAAAGUGGAGGCACACAAUGCACAAUACCGCGAACGUUACGGCACGAUUUUAAAUGCAUACCUUGAUGUUUGUAGCUCCAAAAUGCGUGCGAUUUUGAAGCUGCAGGAUAAACUUUUUUCGGAAGGCGGCAUGCUUGAGAGAAUUUGUCAGAGCGUAAAAGCGAAGAGAAAGGACGGGGCUGCUGAGAUGAAGCGUGCAAUGCAGCAAGGUUUGGAGGCAUUGAACGAGCUACUACCGGGUUCGUUUCAGCUACCUCUUGAUCCUCGAAUCGAAGUGGGUAAGAUCAUUGUGAGCAAAUGCCGCGUGAUGGACUCAGCAAAGAAGCCGCUUUGGCUGGUGUUUGAGAAUGCAGAGGAGGGUGGUGAUCCAGUCACAGUCAUGUUCAAGGCUGGCGAUGAUGUGCGACAAGAUUGUUUGACGCUGCAGUUGAUCCGUCUGAUGGAUGAGAUGUGGCGAGACGAAGGACUGGAUUUGGCAAUGGAGCCUUACAAGUGUGUUGCCACAUCUCCAAUGACGGGGAUUCUUCAAAUGGUGCCCAACUCAGUGACAACUGCUGAGGUACAUAGGCGUGACGGUAUGAUGGGCACAUUCAAGGAUCCAAGCUUCUCAGAUUGGAUUCGGGCCAAUAAUCCUGAUCCAAGAAGUCAUAGAGCUGCUGUCGAUCUGUUUGGUCGCUCAUGCGCUGGUUACUGUGUGGCUACAUGUGUCCUAGGAAUUGGCGACCGUCACAAUGAUAACAUUAUGAUUGCAUCCUCAGGCCGCUACUUCCACAUUGAUUUUGGACACUUUCUUGGGCAUCUUAAGUACUACAAGCUGGGGAUUCGUCGCGAGCGAACUCCGUUUGUAUUUACUAACGAAAUGGCUUACGUGCUAGGUGGAGUAGAAGGCAAGGACUUUGCCAAGUUUGUUGACACAGCAUGCACGGCAUAUUGCGUUCUCCGAAGACAUAUGCACCUAUUAGUGUCGUUGUUGCUCUUGAUGGUUCCGGCAGACAUGCCGGAGCUGACUGGUCGUGAUGAUAUUAAUCACAUUGUGACAACACUAGCUCCCGAGGUGUCUGAUGAACGUGCCCGUGAAUCCUUUGAGCAGACGAUUCACUUUUGCCUCGACAGCAGAUUCAAGCGGUUUGACAACUAUCUGCACAACAUUGCCCACGCUUUUGGCUAA